AGUGGGAAAGAUUUUUCUCACUUUCAGCUCUUCUUUCGUGGAAGGUAUGAAAUCUCUCUCUCAAACGAUAACAGCGAUAAGAGCCUUCCAGCUCCAAAACCCCAGCUUUUAAUCGAUUAAGGAAAAUCAGCUACAGUUCCCCGGCCAUUUCCUGAUGAAUUAGGGGCUGUUCUCUGCGUUUCAACGGCUGAUAUGGAUUGGAACGGAAGAGCUUUCUCUACAGAGAUAGGGAUUCCAUCCGGCCUGAAUCGAAUCAAGAUUCGCCGUGGCCCUCCAACCGAUCGAUCUUGUUCUCCGGCUGAUGGUUCGCCUACUGCGGAAGUUUCGGGAUCCGGCAGCAGUGGCGGAGCCCAUCAGCCUCUGGCAAAGCUGCUGAGCCACGGGAGAGGUCGAUACCGCAAAAGCGGACUACGUAAAGGAAAGAAGAUUGCGCGUUGGUUCGUGUCACAUCUAACCAAGGAUUCUACUAAGGCAUCUAGUAAUAUUCCACCAAAUGCUGAGGUGAGUAGUUCGGAAGUUAAGAUGCUUGAAAAGAAAGAUUCUCUUGGAUCCAAACAUCGCAUGGAGUUGAAGGACUUCACUGGAAAGCAGUCAUCAUCAGAGAGCAUUCAUUUAAAAAAAAUACCAAAAGGCCCAAAAAGUUAUUCACAUGAAUUAGGACCAAAGGGCAACAACAUUCGACCUAUCCAUCCCCGAGCUCAUAGCUAUAAUGACUUGAAGGAGCUUUUGGGAUCAUUGAACUCAAGGUUUGAUGCUGCUAAAGAUAUAGUGAAUAUAGAGCUGGCUGCUUUUGCAGGGGAGGUUGUGGAGGUUCUCAUGAGGGAGGAUUCAUCCUCAAAUGCACAGCGAAUAACUGAGGAUCUUCUAAUUCUCGCACGCCAAUGCAUAGAGAUGAACUCAUCUGAGUUCCGUGGAAAAUGUGAAGGGUUUGUGCAGGAUCUUGCUGAUAAAAGGCAGCAAUGUCAACCAGGCUUACUGAAGCCGCUGCUUACACGCAUGCUUUUCAUUUUGACACGUUGUACCCGGCUGCUACAGUAUCAGAAAGAUAGUGGGUCAGUCAGUGAGGAUUCUCUUCAGAAAUUUAAGCAGUGUUUGGAAAGCAUUCCAGCUGUUGAAAUGAGCUGGAUGCCCAAGCCAGGUGAUGCUGAUUUUGAUUCAGAUAAUUCCUUGAAUCCGAAGGGUCGUACCAAACCUCAGUUAAAGGGGCACAAUGAGGAACCCUCUCUCCACGACAGGACUUGGAGUGGCUCUGAACAGCCUCUGGAUGAGAAUGGCCUAACUUCUGGAAAGUACUCCAUUGCCUUUAAUCAAAAUUCACUCUCUCCCUUUUCCUUGGUCAACGUUCAGUCAAGUGAGAGCUGUGUAACAAAUUCUGAUGCUUACAGUUUAAGUGUUCCACAAUCUCAUCAAGCUGAUGGUAAUUCACGUUGGAGUUCAUUUCCUGAACUGGAACGAUCUUCUCAAGAUUCAGAUUCAGUAAUCUGUAGAAUAUGUGAGGAAAGUGUUCCAGCUUCCCAUCUGGAAUCUCAUUCUUAUAUAUGUGCCUAUGCUGAUAAAUGUGAUCUGCAAGGUGUGGAUGUGGAUGAGCGCCUAUUGAAAGUCGCAGAAAUAUUAGAACAAAUUGUGGAGUCAUAUAAUUCAAGUUUUCAUGCAGCCUCUUGCAGCCCUGAGAUCUCAAGAAUGCAGACUACCAACUCAGCAGUUGGAUCUGACUGUCAUUCUCCUAAAAUAAAUGAGUGGCACAACAAAGGUACAGAAGGGAUGUUUGAAGAUCUUCAUGAGAUGGAUACAGCUUGCAUAGAUGAUUCACACCUUGCAACCUUAAAUAAUUUGAAGACCCAUUUAAGUAUGAAGCUCGGUCACAGCAUUGCACCUUCUUCUACAGGGAGCAUAGCCUCAGUUUCCUCUACAAAUACCCCGAGAGCAAGCCAUUUUGACUUGUUUUGGUUAGAGCACAACAAUCCCUCCGAGCCUGAGGACGUGCAGCAGAUGACUGAACUUGCUGACAUAGCCCGUUGUGUAGCAAGCACGGAUCUUACAAAAGAAGAGGUCUCUGAGUAUUUGCUCGCAUGCAUGCAUGAUUUACAGGAGAUUCUACAACAUAGCAAGGUCAAAGCUUUGGUAAUAGACACAUUUGGAAGCCGUGUAGGGAAUCUGCUGAGGGAGAAAUAUUUACGUGCUUGUGAGAUGAUGGACAACAGAAGUAUUGAGAAUGCAAGCAAAUAUGAAGAAGGCAAUGGAUAUCUGGUGGAUCAUGUCCCUCAGAGUUUGAUAUCAACUCCUUUACAUCCCACACAUAAAGAGCGGACAAGCAUUGAUGAUUUUGAGAUUCUUAAACCAAUUAGCAAAGGUGCCUUUGGCAAAGUGUUUCUUGCAAAAAAGCGUACUACUGGGGAUCUAUUUGCAAUAAAGGUACUCAAGAAAUUGGACAUGAUACGAAAAAAUGACGUUGAACGUAUAUUGGCUGAGCGCAACAUAUUGAUUACAGUCAGAAAUCCAUUUGUGGUCCGAUUUUAUUAUUCAUUCACAUGUAGAGAUAACCUUUAUUUGGUUAUGGAAUAUCUCAAUGGAGGUGAUCUCUAUUCUUUGCUUAGAAAAGUUGGUUGCCUGGAGGAAGAUGUAGCUCGAAUCUAUAUUGCUGAACUGGUUCUUGCUUUGGAAUAUCUUCAUUCCUUGGGAAUUGUGCAUCGAGACUUGAAACCGGACAAUAUAUUGGUUGCACAUGAUGGCCACAUCAAGCUUACAGAUUUUGGACUGUCGAAAAUUGGCCUUAUCAAUAGCACAGUUGACUUGUCUGCAUCUGGGACAAAUGGUGCUGCUCUGUUGGAUGCCCAAAACCUGCAUACUUCUCUUGAAAAUACUCGUCAAGAAGAGGAGAGAAGUCGGCAGUCAGCUGUUGGGACACCUGAUUAUUUGGCACCUGAAAUCCUCCUCGGAACUGAGCACGGUUAUGCUGCAGACUGGUGGUCCGUGGGGAUUAUUCUAUUUGAGUUUAUAACAGGAAUACCACCUUUCACUGCUGGACUUCCUGAGAUAAUCUUUGACAACAUUUUAAACCACAAAAUCCCCUGGCCUCGUGUUCCUGAUGAUAUGUCAUUUGAGGCCCAAGACUUGAUAAACAGGUUUCUCAUUCAUGACCCAGAUCAGCGCCUUGGAGCAAAUGGAGCCUCAGAGGUAAAAGGACAUCCUUUCUUCAAGGGAAUCAAUUGGGACACCCUUGCCUUGCAAAAGGCGGCAUUUGUUCCAAGCCCCGAUGGUGCAGACGAUACAAGCUACUUUGUGUCACGGUUUCCACAGAGUUCUGGUGGAAUACCAGAAGACGGAAACACUAGCGAUUGUGCUUCUGGCUCAACUGAUUCUAAUUCAAGUGCUGGUGUUGAUGCAAAUAUGGACCAAUGUGGUGAGCUGGCUGACUUCGACCUUUCCUCUCCUCUAAAUCUCUCUUUGAUUAAUUUUUCUUUCAAGAAUUUAUCUCAGUUGGCAUCAAUUAACUAUGAUGUGCUCUUACAAAGUGGAAAAACUUCAUCCAAGUGCUCAUCCCCAUCAAAAGGUAAUGAACCAUAGAUCUUAAAUAAAGGCCUGGAGAAGGUAGCCUAUGGAUCCUACCAUAUUUGCAUCACUUUCUACUUCCGAGCAAUGGGGGCCCACAUUUCUCUAACAGCAAUUUUGCUACAUCUACCACUGGCUAGCGCUGAGCAUAAGCUAACGUUGCGUGAAUGCUUCAAUAGGACUUCCAUACCUGUUAUGGAAUUUGUCAUACACUGGUGUUGGUACAUCAUUUUUUAAUACAUGGAAAUGUGUAUUUUCUCCCGUA